UGUUCUCCAGAUGUAGAUCCGGCUCGUGGUCGACGCAGCAGAUUUCUCAACCAAAGCAAGCUAUGAAGAUUAGAAUCCUACUGCCUCUGUUACUAUGCGCAUUAGCGGGUCGUCUUCACGGACUUGAAAGCCACGAUGCAUGUUUACAGGAGGAUAGGGAGUGGGUUAAAGUUCUAGAAACUUCUGAAAAUGGGACUGUGCUGUUCGGCAGAAAACAAGCUUUACAGGAGACGGUUAAACAUGGCGGAAGGAUAAGAAUUGGCAGAAGUACCUACUUCACUGAAGCUGACAAUUGUCAAAACGUGAAAGGCGAGGUUUGCUGCGAGGCACUAAUGCAUAUCAGCAAAAAUGGAUGGAACAUAUUUCAAACAAAUGUAUAUUGGUGGAUGAGCAAUGUUUGCACGACAGGCAACUGGCACAUGAUCAGAUAUUACGUUGGAGGCACCUACCUGUCUGAGUCACGACACACAUACACCUUAACAUGGUUUGUUUUGAAAACGAAAACUAUACAGCCUGUUUACUCUACCUUUGGAAGAGGAACUCUUAAGUCAGGCAGUGUCGACACGUUGAUUUCAUCAAUUCUGCAAGGAAACUCGAUAUCAGUAUCUCAAGAGAAGAAGGCUGUAUUUCCUGUGCAAAAUAUUGAAAUCUUCAACACAGGGUCUGGUGGAAACGCCACGAUAAGUGCUGAACAUAUCUGGAGCGUCAGCCAGACUGGAGUGGGAAAUCAUUUGGAGUUUCAAGGCAAUGCUUACUGGUGGUUUUUGAUCUUAAAUACCGCUGGUACUCGUACCAUGUCCAGAUGGAAUUUAGGUUCUCACACAGCAAGAGGACAGUCUCAGGACAAAGUGGUCUUAGACUGGUUUGUGGAUCCGUGUUGGGUUCCAAUUCAUAACUACAGCGAUCUGGUCUCAGAUACACUAUGGACAAGGUACACCCUACAACGUCUCAUCGAAGCUGGACACAAUGUUAAGGUAAAGUUCGGUAACACCAUCGUUGCAGCAGAGAGCAUUAGGCUCACAGACAAGCACGUGGCAGUUCAAAGUAUAUCUUCAUUGGCUAGAGCUGACUCCAAAACAUUCGUAAGUGAUUUGAACUGGGAGUUUAGAGUUCUGAGCACGACUGGAUCCGUUCGUACAUAUCGCCCCCUUGUCGGAUCAUCUUCAACCGACCCUCUUGGCUACACCGUUGGCAGACAGGCGAUGACUUGGUACGUUGACACAAGGAGAUGGCACUUGUUGUUCCACUUGUUGCUUGAUGGCAAGGUGGCUAAAGGUUCAGCUUUGGCUGUUAGACAAGCUGUCCAAGAUGGAGCGGACAUCAGAGUAGCGUUCAAGCUGCCCAACGACCAUGGGUUCCGCUAUCACAAAGUAGAUAAUAUUGGCUUGGGACCUACUCCAGAUCUUGCAGCUCAGAUUGUACGGGCACUGAGGGACAACGCGACAUCCUGUGAUGAAUUUGAGCUUGACCGGAUACCACAAUGGUCCUUCAAACUGAUCACUACCACUGGGUUCGUUCACACUUCAAACUGGGUUGUUGGUGAUCAUGUCAGCAAAGGGCGCACCAGCGAACGCGCUGAAAUAAAGUGGUUUGCAAGUUUUUGAAGAGCCAAAACAAAAACCGUCAAAUUGUGGGAAGAGGAUAUUUUUCAUUCUUUCGUGCGAUUCUUCAGAAGUCCUAUGCCUGGACUUUUCAUAUCGCCGAUUCUUUCAUAUUCAUGUCGGGGAAAUCAACCUACAAAAAUGUAGUUGUGCCUUUGCGGUAUCCCUUGAUGUCUAAACAGCUCGUGGGCGAUCAAGACUUGGCUGCAUGACGUUUGGGACUAAAUAAAUAAUUACAUGUGCAUCUUG